UACUCUAACAUAAGUGCAAAGAAGAAGAACUUAAGGAAAAACUUAUUGACAACGAUUGUGGUGCCUUAUCUUUGCGAUGUUGAGAGAGGAAAAUGCUGGCUGAAUGAAAACCAGAAAAAUUUAGUGACUUUCUUUAUUCCCAUAAAGCUUUUGCCAAAUAAACAACCCCCCACAGAAAUAGAAAUGAAGGAAUUUUAUUCCCUGAUGAAUAAGAAGAAACUGCAAAUGGAUAACUCUGAUUCCAACAAGUUAAGUCAAACAGCGCAAGACCAGAAUGUCACUUCUGAUGUCCACAGACGAAGAAAGAGAGACACACAAUAUGCUGAAGGGAAUGACGGUCCUCAGCAGUACUGGGGCAAUCAAGGCGAAAAUGAAAACGAGCAAUUACUCCGCGCUCAAAGAGAUGUACCCAGCACUUCCACAGAACACGAACCAACGAGCACUGAAGGACGAACGCAAAGGAACGCCGACCUCCAGUCAAGUAAGCAGUCAAAGCGAUCCGCAGAAAUGGAAGAAGACGAAGCAGAUGAAAAUGACUUAGUCUCGCCAUCACCAGAUGAAGAUUACCAAGACGAGGAAGAAUCGGAUUACCAACCAGAGAAGCGAUUUGCUGGACCGGAAACGACAGGGACAACUCCAAACUAUGAAGAUUCGUCAACUAAAAACCCAUCCCAGCUUUAUAGAAGGGAAGCUAUGAAUCCUAAUUACAAUUAUCCAUUCUUCGCUAACCCGGGCUUCUAUUAUCCGAACCAAAGACUCAUGUCUCCAUAUGAUGGCAUUAGUUACAGAUCGGCGGAUGCCUUCCCUAUGUUGUACAUGGAUGCUCCAGCUUUUUGGCAAAACAAAGUGGCAAGAAGUCCUCGUCGGUUUUAUUCUCAGAGACAGGCAGGGGGAUAUGGGGGUGGUUGGCCACCUAUGCCCUCCUACUAUCAGCAAUAUGGUAACAGGUAUCAACCAUCCUAUCCCAGUCCAGCGCAGCAACCAAGAGGGCAUUAUCGACAUCAGUCCUCUUACGGUGGAUACAAGCCAUUUUCUUACGGCUACGCUCAGGGAAAGAAAGCGCCGGCCAGAAAACCCAUUGAAACGGAUGCUCAUAUGUAUUAUGGGAAAUAGAAUCUAUGUACUGCUUGAACUAGAUGCCAGAUUAGCCAAGUGAGUUAGCCAAAGGUUUGAGUUUUAAUUUCUGUGUAUUAUAAAUUGAUGCAAUGGACAUUUUAAGUAUGCAAGUUUCCAUUCAUAUUUAUUUUCACCAAUUCUUUUUUUAAAUUAUAGAUAUAAAAAAAUUGUAAUC